AUGACUCUCACUCUUCUAAUUGGUAUUUUCGCUGUCAUCACCCUUCUCCCGGGGACAUCAUCGUCCUCCUCUUAUACUUGGAGAUUCAAAAAUUCUGAACUUUUAAAAACAGCCACUAGGCCUUACCUUUGCUUCUUAUAUGAUCAGACACAGGAUUACUGCAAAUGGUGGCCCGAAACCUAUGGUGGGUGCCCCUACUGGUCAUGCAACAUUCAUAACCCACGUGCAUGCAUUGGGGAUUCCUGCGUUGGAAAUUUCAGAUCGAUCUCGGGGGGCUAUCAAUUGGCUAUCACUGACCCCAACCAUUCGCGCCGGACCUCUAGGGUAAAUGCUUCCUUCUACUGUGACAUAUCCUCUUCCACCCCCUAUGGCUCCAUCUCCAUUUCCCGGGAGCUUCAACCCUCCCAGCCCUCAGUAGCUAUAAUCUCUACUGACAUAAAGCAUUCCGAAGAGCAGUUGUUAGGCUCGAUACAGGAUCCAUUUGAUCCUAAUACCGGGAGUUCACCACAGUAUUCAUGGCUACGACUACUUGCCGAAACUGUAACCUUCUUAAAUCAAACCCUCCCCGCCAUUGCACCAACUCAUUGCUACUUAUGCGCCUCUCUGACUCGACCUUUGCUUGCAGCGGUUCCCUUAAACUUCUCGGCUUCUAACCUCUCAAAUUUCUCCACUCCAUCUGCCCGCCAUUCUCUCCGGACCCUUUCACCUGACACUCCAUUACUCGAGCCCGAGGAGUCUAACCAUACUGUGAUUCCCCGGCGCUGCCUCUUGGGCUUGGGUGUCUCCCAGUCAGAGUUUUGCCACUCUAACAUCACCUUUAACUUCACCCUCUAUGCACCACUUGGCUCAUUCUUCUGGUGUAAUGGUUCUUUCACCACUAUCUUAUCCACCAAUACCUCCGCCCCAUGUAUACUGGUGACGCUUGUCCCGCAAUUGACUCUCUAUACACCUGCUGAAGUACAGGCCCUCUUGUCUUCCCCUGUGCGAAGUAGGCGGGCUGCUUUCCUUCCAGUAAUGGUGGGUCUCUCACUGGUUUCAUCUGCGGCGGGAGCAGAAAUUUAUGAUGGAGCUCUAGGACACUCCUUAUGGGCUGUACAGGACUUGAAUUCUAAACUUGAACAAGCGCUCACUUCUACGGCAGAAUCUCUAGCAUCUUUACAAAGGCAGGUCACAUCCUUGGCUCAAGUUACUCUUCAAAACCGACAAGCUAUGGACUUACGGUCGAAAAAGGUGAAACCUGCCUCUUCUUGA